AUGUGGAAGACUUAUGAAAAACGUGCUAAAACUAAAGCAGCACAUGAGCUGGUGAUGUUGAGGGAUAGGGGUGCUGUCGUGGUGUGCUUAGCAAAGAAUGGUGGUGCAUCUAGCAACUUUGACUAUCAACUGGACAGUUUUACCCCUUCUCUUGAAUUGAAGCUGAAAGUUUUCACCGUGAAUGAAAUGCAACAAAAAGUGGUUAAAGGAGAAGAGAGAAAAAUUGCUAGAAAGGCAGAGGAUUCAAGAAAUGAGAACCGAACUCCAUUGAUGGCUUUGAACCACAUUUCAAGGCUGUGCAGAAAUGUGAAGGAAUCCAUAGAUUUCUACACAAAGGUGUUGGGAUUUGUUCAGACUAAGAGGCCCCAAGCUUUGGACUCUAAGGGUGCAAGGUUGUUCAACUAUGGAGUUGAUAUCCACUUGGUUCAGUCCAAAGAAGAAGAUCAGAGAUUGCCUUCCAAUUCUCAACACUUAGAUCCCCAAGAGAACCAUAUAUCUUUUCAGUGCGAAGAUUUGGAAGCAAUGGAGAAGAAGUUGAAGAAGAUGAAUGUGAAAUUCAUGAAAAGGACUAUAGAGGCAGAAGAUGGCACAUUCUUUAGCAGUCCCAUGUGCAACACCACUAACCAAAGUUUUUCUUUGAAUUAA